AUGGAUAAAUUAAAAGAAUUAUUUCAUACAAAAACACCAAAAGAAAUUAUGCAAGAAAAUAAACGUGCAAUUCGACAAGCAAGACGUGAACUUGAACGUGAAAAAAAUCGUUUAAAUAAUGAAAAAACACGUAAUGAAAAUGAAAUACGUAAAUUAGCUGCUAAAGGCGAACAAAAAGCAUUACGAACAUACGCAAAAAAUAUUGUUAAUCAACGAAAUCAAAUCAAUAAAUUAGGUGCAAUGGAUGCAACAUUAUCAACACUUGAAUCUGAAGCAUCAUCAAUGAAUGCUCAAAUGACAAUGGCUAAUGUUAUGGUUAAAACAACAAAAACAUUAACACGAUUAAAUCGAAUGAUGCCCUUAGCUGAUUUUCAAAAAACAAUGCAAAUGUUUGAUCAAAAUAUGACAGCAAAUAAUAUUAAACAAGAAAUGAUGAAUGAUGCAAUGGAUGCUGCAUUUGAAGGAGAAGACGAUGAAGACGCAACUGAAGAACUCGUUGAUCAAGUACUUAGCGAACUUAAUAUAACAAUGGGCAAUCAAAUACCUAAUGCACCAAGUGGUGCUUUACCUAAUAAUCGUGUAGCAAAUCAACCACAAGCUCAAGCAAUAUCUACAGCUGAUGCUGAUUUAGAAGCUCGUUUAGAUGCUUUACGUCGAAACUGA